AUGUCUCAAUCUACUCCACCUGAAAUUCUUUGGGCUCAAAGAAGUAGUAAUGAAGAUCCAUCUCAUAACAUCAUUUAUCUAACGAUUAAUGUACCAGACUUACAACCAGGUUACACACUAGACUUUCCAACCCCAUCUACUUUUUCUUUCAAAGGCAUCUCAGGUGGUUCACAAAACCUUGGAUCAAACGUACCGGCUAAAACUUAUGAAAUCCAUCAACUCGAAUUCUUUGAUCAACUUGAUUUGAGUGUAGAAAGAAAAGAAACGGUGAAUGGGAAAAGUCUUCAGAUUCAGUUGACUAAGAAAGAACUCAAAACCGAGUAUUGGCCUCGUCUUACGAAAGAUAAAAGAGUGAAUUUUGUGAAAACUGAUUUCGCUCGUUGGGUUGAUGAAGAUGAACAAGAAGGAACAGCUGUAGAUGAUUUUGCUUCUACAGAUGCUCCAGCAGGUGCAGGUAAGUUAAAUUAG